AUGGCAUUACAGGAUUGUAUGAGAGGUGUUGACGAGGAGAAUUGUCAUGAAUUAGAAUUUAAUGAAUGUGACGAGAAUGAAUAUCGCUGUUCAAAUGGAAUGUAUAUACCAGAAGAAUAUUUUCUCCACGGCGAACCUGAUUGCAUAGAUGGUACACGGUUUUCUGAGAAGCGAAAAGAUGUUGUUCCUGGUCACUUUCGAUACUGUCCUUACCAUCCGAAUGUCUACUGUGAUGAACGUUCGUGUUUGAAAUACCAAUAUUCCUGUGGUGAUGGACAAUGUUUGGAAGACGGAUGGAAUCGAUUGCAGUCAACGUUUUGUAGCAACGUUAUGGAAACAUGUUACAUGUAUCGUAAUAUGAAUUAUAUCUGUGGUGAACUUGGUCAUCUAUGGAGUAAUGGUGGUGGAUUCUGUCGAACGUUUCGUCAGGAAAACCGGUUAAAUAUGACUACAAAAGAUGAACGAUGUCAACAUCUUGUGGGAUGUGCGCUAGGAAAAAAUACGUCCGGUGGUUGUCCUUGUGCUCUCUAA